UAGUCAGUACCGGCAGCAACCUAGUAUAGCAGAGCUCCGAGUCUGCUGCUUUGCUUUCUUUUUCUGACAGAGAUCAGGCUGGUGGGCGCUUUUGUCGCUACAAGUCUUAACCCCAAUUAUAAAAAAAACUACCGUACGGUGGUACGGAGAAAGUCAGUUGUAUUCUCGGCAAAAGCACGUGUGUCAUUUGAGCUCUCUAAGUCUAAAAACAGGAAAUUUUGCUCCAUGUCUUUGCCUGAAGUGAAAAAUCCCCCUCUUGUCCAGCGGCUAUUUUGUAGGACAAUGCCGAUGGAGCCAAUGAACUACUCCAAUCCUGUACCACCUUGCCCAGGCCAGGAACCCAUGGAUUUCAAAAAUCCUUCACCUCCAACUCUCGAGAUGCAGUUUUCUCCCAGUAAUGUUACAAAGAAGAAAAGUGACAAGAUUUCUUCUCCUUUGCAGCUGUUCAACAUUGAGAAUAGAUUUUCAAGAAUGAAAAUCAAGGUUGAUAGUCUCGUUCAAGGGGACAAUUUUCACGGAUUUGCGAAAUUUAUGCGCGCCAAUGAGCAUAACAUGCUAUCAUGUUGGGAGGAACAGAAUGCAGUUGUUGAUACUCCUUCAACUCAAAUUAAAGUCGAAAAUGAUGGUUGCCUUGAUCCACAUGCCAGUCAUCGUUGUCGACGUUUUUUGAAAGGAAAGAAGUGUCAGGACAAGUGCACAAAGUUACACCGGCUACCAAAAGAGGACGGAAUAAAAUGCCUCUCCGAGCAAUAUAAGCAGUGCCAUUUGGGGAAAAAAUGUAUUUUUGUUCAUGAAAAUGACUCUGACACAGAUUCAGAGCCAGAUUCUUCUUCCACCCUAAAUUUACCUCCUAAUAAUAUUGCAGCUCCAUCAUGUUCUUCCAACCCAGUAAAAAGUGAAGUGGGUGUUAAACGGAAAGAAGUUAAUGAUGUUGAGCUCCCUUGCAACAAGAAAAUAAAACAAGAAAAGGAUUGUUUGCCUCCUUCCUCCCUACCUGAAGUUGCUAUAAAAAGUGAGCCUGCUGAAGUUGAUAUUUACAAACAUGAAGCUAUUGACUACCCUGUUAAACAAGAAGAGAAGAUUUCGACUGACACGGCUGACACUUCUAGCCUUUUACAAGAAAGGGUCACAAAUGAUCUAAUCAUCAGUGUUCCUGAUGGAUAUCAGUCUGUUUCAGAAGAAUUAUUAUCUCAAGUUAGUACAAUAGUGCUCAACAAAUGA